AGACAGCAGGGCGCCUGGAAACAGGUUUGAACAGCUCACACAAACUCUGACACGACACAGCGCGACUCUUUAUUCGCCUCAAUCAGACGCUCGUGUUUGGUUUUCUUUACGCGUUUGAUCCGCGGAGCAGCGUCCGGGGCGCCACUGCGCUCUCCUAAAAGUUUUUGGACACCGACUUGACAGGAUACAUCGACCGAGGGAGUUGGAGGGGAGAAGAGCGCUGGCUGGCGAGCUGGCUGUGAGGAGACAGACCGCAGAAGGAAAGUAUGGCCGCGCGCGGUGCGUCCGCGCUCUUCCUGCUCGCCUUCGGAAUACUGGAAGCGAGCGCGCAGUACGGCAUGUCGGUUCCCGAGCACGGCUUCUGCCAGCCCAUCACCAUCCCUCUGUGCACGGACAUCGCGUACAACGAGACCAUAAUGCCCAACCUCCUCGGCCACACGAACCAGGAGGACGCGGGGCUGGAGGUGCACCAGUUCUACCCGCUCGUUAAAGUGCAGUGCUCGCCGGAUCUCAAGUUCUUCCUGUGCUCCAUGUACGCGCCGGUGUGCACGGUGCUGGAGCAGGCGCUGCCCCCGUGCCGUUCGCUGUGCGAGCGCGCGCGCCAAGGCUGCGAGGCGCUCAUGAAUAAAUUCGGCUUCCAGUGGCCGGAGAGUCUCGCGUGCGAGUCGUUCCCGGUUCACGGCGGAGAGCUGUGCGUGGGGCAGAACACGUCUGAGCGGAGCGCACCGGUGAACCCGACUCCAGAUGUGACCCAAGCGACACCCGAGCAUCACAGGAAAGGGCGUUUUAGAUGCCCGGCUUCGCUGAGAGUCCCUCCGUAUCUAAACUACCGCUUCCUUGGCGAGGAAAACUGCGGCGCACCGUGCGAACCCAAAAAACUCAACGGGGUGAUGUACUUCAGCGAGGACGAGCAGAAGUUUGCGCGCAUUUGGAUUGGGAUCUGGUCGGUUUUGUGCUGCGCUUCUACUUUAUUCACCGUCCUGACUUAUUUAGUGGACAUGAAGCGCUUUAGUUACCCGGAAAGACCCAUUAUAUUCCUUUCCGGGUGUUAUACGAUGGUGUCCAUCGCACACAUCGCCGGAUUUCUGCUGGAGGACAAAGUGGUUUGCAAUGAGCAGUUCGAUAAUGAGUUUAGGACAGUGGUGCAAGGCACCAAAAAGGAAGGUUGCACGAUUCUGUUCAUGAUGUUGUACUUCUUCAGCAUGGCCAGCUCUAUCUGGUGGGUCAUUCUCGCGCUCACUUGGUUCCUCGCUGCUGGGAUGAAAUGGGGUCACGAGGCCAUUGAAGCGAAUUCGCAGUAUUUCCAUUUAGCAGCGUGGGCAGUGCCAGCCAUCAAGACCAUCACCAUCCUCGCCGUGGGUCAAGUGGAUGGAGAUGUGCUCAGUGGCGUCUGCUUCGUGGGCAUCAACAGCGUGGACGCGCUGCGCGGGUUCGUCCUGGCGCCGCUCUUCGUCUAUCUGUUCAUCGGUACUUCGUUCCUCCUGGCGGGCUUCGUGUCUCUGUUCCGCAUCAGGACCAUUAUGAAGCACGACGGCACCAAAACGGAGAAGCUGGAGAAGCUGAUGGUGCGCAUUGGCAUCUUCAGCGUCCUCUACACGGUUCCGGCCACCAUCGUGAUCGCGUGCUACUUCUACGAACAGGCCUUUCGGGAUCAGUGGGAACAGACGUGGAGCGCGCAAUCGUGCAAGACGUACGCGGUGCCGUGCCCCGUGCACAACCCGCAGAUGAACCCGGAUUUCACUGUGUUCAUGAUCAAGUACCUGAUGACCCUGAUCGUGGGCAUCACGUCUGGAUUCUGGAUAUGGUCUGGAAAGACGCUUAACUCGUGGAGGAAGUUCUACACGAGACUGGCGAACAACAAACAAGGAGAAACAACAGUUUGAUUUAACUGCUUUUUUAUUUUUUACAUUUUCUGAUGAAAAAACAACAACAACAGCAACUGCUUAAACAUAUGCCUUUCGCGUUGUACAUAAAAAUUGUGUUUUUUUUGUAAGUAUAUAUUUGUAUUUAAAUCUCACUUGGAUUUCUUGGAUGUUCUUUUUUUUUUUUUUAAAUCAAGACACUUUUGUUGGACAAACCGUAUCGUUUUGGAGAUUAUUUAUGCCUUUUUCUCUUGGAUUAUUCUGGGUUGGGAUCUGUUUUUUAAGCCUGUAUAUAAAACUGUUGUCUUUUUAUCGACAUCAGUAUUUCCACGGGCAACUAUUAGAACUUUUACAAGCAAAUAAUGCAGAAGUAAUGAUAAUGUGUGUGAAUUGUGCACCCAGCACUUCAUGGGAAGAAUUGAGCUUUAAAUUAAAGCUUUGGGAUUGAGCUCAGAUGAGUUAUAGGACUGGAAAGUUUUAUGGAGCUAGAACAAAAACAGUGAGUACUCAUGGCUGAUAUGUGCUUAACCCAGUAUAAAGCGGUUUGCUGGUUUCCUGGCCUGGGCUUGGACAGCAGCUGUCUCAGGCUGUUUUAAGAUGUACAGUUAAGUGCCUUUUUCAGUUCAGAGCAGCAUUGGGGUCAGGCCUGCACUUGUAUUUAACUCAAAGAAAUGUAUAAAUGUUUUUCUUCAGGCUGUAAUGAACUUUAGUGAUGUUUCUGAAGGGUUUGUGUUCUCCAUUGGCUCUUUUGCACAGAAGUACCUCUAAACAUACAGCUAGAACAGGGUGGACGGUGUUUUCAAGGCACUUCCCAAAUAGUUUAAUGUCUGUGUUGGUAUCAUAACUAAUCCAUAAUGUGAAAAUUGGGAUGCAUAUGUGUAGCGAUAAACCGAUAUAUCGGCCGUUAUUUGGUCCUUAUGAGAUGAUCAGCUGUGAUAAUCAUGAACACUCAUCAUGUGUAUCAUUUUUAGAAAUAUAUCAUCAGAUCCCUUGAUCAAUAAUGCAAUUUGUUUUCAAACAAUUGUAUUAAUUUUUAAGUAAUAUCGGUUUUAUAUCAGUCUGCGCUCUGGUUAUCAGUAUCAACAUCAUCAUGUGUAUAAUUUUUAGAAAUAUAUCAUGAGAUCCUUUGAUCAAUAAUGCAGUUUGUUUUCAAAUAAUUGUAUUAAUUUUUAAGUAAUAUCGGUUUGUAUAUCAGUCUGCGUUUUGGUUAUCAGUAUCAACAUCAGCUUUUAAAAACCCCACAUCACUCAAAUAGUUUAAUGCCCAUGUAACUAAUCCAUGAAUAUGAUGUGAAAAUUGGGAUGUAUAAUUUUGUGCAGCAGUAAACCGAUAUAUCGGCCGAUAUUUGGUCCUUUUUAGAUGAUCAGCGAUCAUCAAGAAUGCUCGUCCUGUGUAUCAUUUCCAAAAUCUACCAGCAGGCCUUCUGAUCAACAUGCAAUUUGCUUUCUGAUCACUUAAUUGAUUUUUAAGUAAUAUCGGUUGUAUAUCAGUCUACGCUCUGGUUAUCAGUAUCAACAUCAGCUAUUAAAAACCCCUAGUCUCUCAUAUUGUUUAAUGGCUGUACUAGUAUGAUAACUAAUCCAUGAACAUGAUGUGAAAAUUGGGAUGUGGACUUUUGUGUUGCGGUAAACCGAUAUAUCGGCCGAUAUUUUGCCUUUUUGAGAUGAUCAGUAGGGAUAAACAUGUCAACUUGUCUUGUGUAUAAUUUCCAAAAUCUACCAGCAGGUCUGUUAAUGGAUAAUGCAAUUUGUUUUCAGAUAUUUUUAACAGAUUUUUUUGUUGUAUUGGUAACAUAUUUGUGUGUGCUGUAGUUAUCUGUAUUAACAUAAUCGGUUAAAACCCCCACAUUGCUCAAGCACUACGUAAGAGUAAUUCACAUCAUCCUGUUCAUAAUUCUUCAAAGUUUGUUGUCAUUAUGUGCUUUU